UCGCCGCCGCUCAAUCUCCCAAAAGCCGGGUGCGUCUGGCAAUCUUUGUGAGAACGAAAGCCCAACGACGACAAAGCAGCCCAUCCCGCGGACACGCCCGCAGCCCUCAACGCCAUCAAGCCCACCGCCGGACCGUCGGCGUUGCUUUCCCAGAGCCCGACCGCAUCGAGCAGGCGGCGCCAGCAUCGUCCAACCCCGUUUGCUGAAACCCCGGAACCUAGUUUUUCCUGACUUUUGCGUUGGGUGGCCACGAGUUCCCGUUCCCCUGCCAUAAUCACGAGCGCGCGCUUCCGCAAGAGAGUUUGGGCGCCUGCAAAACCCACAACCUCGCUCGCCCUCCGACCGACGGCCCUUUCCCCGCGCCGCAGCAACGCCGGCCACGCACCCAGCGCCACUCCCCAGCGCCCUUUCCUACCCCCCGGUCAGAUUCCUUGACUGUUUCAGAAACCCACGCCAGUACUCGCACACAAAGCCAUGCCUGGCAAAACCCCCAACGGGAAGGAGCCCGUCGAGAGCGAGAGCCGCAAGAACCAAGAUGUCGAUAUGAAGGACGAGUCAUCACGAAAGACGAAAGGCAAGAAGCUCAAGGAGGGCGACGAAGAGAUGACCGUUGUUGUCCCGCCAUCCAAGUCCAAGACCUCCCCGUCCGGCAACGCCGACGAGGACGUUGAUAUGGACGACUCGGCCAAGGAUGAUGAUAACGGUGAUGUCAAGUCUGAUCCCGUCGCAGAUAUCAAGAGCAACUUCGCGCUGCUUGAAAAGGCCGUUGCCCAUUUCGAUGCCCGCUUCUCCCUGCGCGCCCUGCGCUCCAUCUCUUCCCUCCGCAAGCGCCUGACCUCCGACAUCAUCGCCCAAGCCAUUGUCGAGACCUUCCCGGCCACGGUCGUUUCGGGCAAUGCUGCCAAGCAGCUCCUGCUGAGCAUCGGGAAGGAGGGUCUGCAGCUCAGGCGCCAACCGGGGUCCGAGAUGGAGAUCGAUGGUGAGCCCCGGGGCCAGGCUAAGAGCAACACGUCCAAGAAGGAGGCCAAGGAGAUCAUCCCGGAGAUCGACAUCUUCAUUGGCAUCCUGAUCCAGGUCUUCCUCUACGACUCGAAGCAGGUUCAGCGCGGAGCCGAGUUCUCGCAAUACCUGUGCGACCGCAUCCACUCGCUCAACCGCCGCACCCUCGACUCGCUGUCCGCCAAGGUCUACUUUUACUACUCGCUCUUCUUUGAGCGCCUCGCACCACUCCCCCCCUCGCCGCAGUCGCCCAUCGUCUCUAUCCGCCCCACCCUGCUCGCUGCUCUCCGGACUGCGGUUCUGCGCAAGGAUAUCGACACACAGGCUUCUGUCAUCGUGCUCCUGCUCCGAAACUACCUACUGACGUCGCACAUCUCCCAAGCCGACCUCUUGGUGUCGCACACACAGUUCCCCGAGAAUGCCGCCAACAACCAGGUCGCCCGUUAUCUUUACUACCUGGGGCGCAUCCGAGCCAUUCAGCUGCGGUACACGGAGGCGCACGAGCACCUGACGGCGGCGACACGCAAGGCUCCGAGCUCCCACUGCGCCGUUGGCUUCUCGCAGACGGCCACCAAGCUGCUCCUGGUAGUUGAGCUGCUCAUGGGCGACAUUCCGGACCGUGCCACGUUCCGGCAGCCAACUCUGGAGCAGGCGCUGCACCCGUACUUUUUGCUCGUUCAGGCAGUUCGGGUGGGCAACCUCGAGGACUUCGAAACGCUGAUUGCGGACAACGCCGACGUGUUCCGCAAGGACUGCACAUACACGUUGAUCCUCCGGCUGCGGCAGAAUGUCAUCCGGACGGGUAUCCGCAUGAUGUCGCUGUCGUACAGCCGCAUCUCGCUUCGCGACAUUUGCAUCCGGCUCCAUCUUGGUAGCGAGGAGUCGGCCGAGUACAUUGUCGCCAAGGCAAUCAGGGACGGCGUGAUUGAGGCCACGCUGGACCGCGAGCGCGGCUUCAUGAGGAGCAAGGAGAUUGGUGAUGUUUACGCCACGCGGGAGCCCGGCGAGGCAUUCCACGACCGUAUCCGGGCCUGCCUGGCACUCCAUGAUGAGAGCGUAAAGGCAAUGCGCUUCCCCAUGAAUCAGCACCGCCUUGAGCUCAAGAAUGCACAGGAAGCUCGCGAGCGGGAGCGGGAGAUGGCCAAGGAGAUCCAGGAGGGCGACCUUGACGAAGACGACCUCGGAGGGGAGUACGAGGGCAUGUAAUAUCUCUAGUUUCCAUGACUUUGCUGUGCGAAACCUUUACUCCCGUGUAUUUUAUCAUAUCAUCAGCCUGGUCUUCAUGUGCUUCGUGUCGUCCAGCCUGGGCCACGAGGAGGAGCAUGUUGGCGUUUACGUACGUCCCCAAUGUCCCAGGGGCUCCUCUGGUGUCCAUGCUGGCCGGGGCGCGUGGGGCAAGGGACGUCAGUAAUGGAGAUGGGGUAAGCUUCCUGGGAGCAAGCUAAUGCGGGGCUCUUUUUUACCCUCGUUGCUCAAGUGGAUAGAGAAGGGCAUAUAGGCGGGCGGUAUAGAGUCUAGUCUUUCCUUCAGCAUGGGCUACAGCACGGUUCCCUGCCCUUGACAUCGGGCUUACUUAUCACUGUUCAUUGUACAGUUUAUGCGGUUUGCCGAGCUCGAAGAUAAGGCAGGUUGGGCGAACUUUUAUUUGUCUCGAGAUCAAGACGGCGGGACUUGGAAUAAGUCUCCCUUCUUUAUCAGAAUUGCCCUACAUCCAAAGUGGGUUGCGCGUGUUCUCCAGGCGCCAAUAACACGACCAAAAAUGUAUAUAUAAGUACCAUGUGGUUUCCCAAAGCGAACCGGAAAGAAGUUG